UUCAACGUCAACCUGUUAACUCGCUCUAUUUAUACACUGGAUUAUGUAAUAAACCUUAUGUCAUACAUUUCAAAAUCAUUUCAAUUCAUUGGAUCAGCAGUUGAUAAAAUCAUUGUUUCAUCACUUCAAUCAUUUCCCGUCAUCUGCCAUCUGUAAUCUUUCAAGAAAAAAACGGGUUCUCUUAUCAUUUUGGUAACUUGGUACGGUCCUCGUGAUCAUUUAGUAUGAUGAUGAUUCUUCCGGAGUAAACCGUUAUUCCAUCUAAUUUUUGUGAACAUUUCAUUCUUCAUGUUAUCAUGAGUAACAAUUAAAUUUGAACCUGAUGAUGGUCAUGAGAAUUCAUCUAUAACUAUGUGGUUAAAUGGUACUCAUGGCAGUGUUCAAUUGUGUAAACUUUCAAAAAGUAAACCUGGAUCUUCUUUAGGUUUUACACUUUUGACCCAAUGUUACUCUUCCACUACAAUUUCUCCCUCAACUUAACCUGAUCCAGAAUGAUUCUAUUUUUAUGGAAUUUCCAAUCGCUUGGUUCACUCGAAUGUUUUACUGUGAUAAACUUCGGCAACUGUAACCGUCGAGACCCAUAAUGAACCGCUGGGUUCGACGAUUCUAUCCUUUGAUGGUGGCAACAAUUAGUUUAUCAUUUGUGUAUCUUUAUAGUAAAGUGACUCUCGAGAAGACGUCCAAUUUUGAUUAUGAAGAAACUUUUCUCUCAAAUAACUCAACUGGAUUAAGUGAAAGAAAAAAGAAAAUUAAACCUUUCAAAGUGAAAAAAAUCUUUCCACGAGCUGCUUAUAAAGUUGAUGAAGAUGAUCCAGACAGAAAUAAUCUUUCCAGGUUACUGGAUAUGGAUGAUUUUACUUUUAUCAAAAAUUGUCCCCUCAAAUGUUCACCAUCAAGCAACUUAUCAACACCAGAUUCAUCAUCAAAUGAAAUUAACCUAUUAGCGUUUGUUCAUUCUGCUCCAUUAAAUUUUGAUAAAAGACGCAUUAUCCGAUCAACUUGGGCUUCUCGUCAUGUUCAACAUCUUCUUGGAAUAAAGGUUAUCUUUCUUCUUGGUUUAACUAAUUCAUCGUCUUUACAGUCCUCAAUUGAUUCUGAAUCGAGUCAAUUUGGUGACCUGGUUCAAGGCAACUUUGCAGACACCUAUGCUAAUUUAACGUACAAACACUUGAUGGGCUACAAAUGGGUUUUAACCUUUUGCCGUGGCGCCAAAUUCGUCAUGAAGAUUGAUGAUGAUGCUUAUGUUGAUAUUUUUCGUGUUGUUGGCUUCCUCAAAUCAACCUUCCACUCGUCCAAUGGUCAACCACCAACAGGCAUAAUUAGCUGCUCCCUGUUUCCUGCUGGUAUUUCAGUUAAACGAAAAGGCAAAUGGAGGUUAUCUCAUAAUGAAUAUCCGUAUGAUGUUUUACCUGCUUAUUGCUCUGGCAUUGGUUAUUUUGUAACACCUGAUGUUAUCCAAGAUGUUUAUAAUAUUGCAACUUCCGUUAAACCCUUCAUUUGGAUUGAUGAUUUAUUCAUAACUGGAAUUUUACUUGCGCACUUGCCCAUUCGCCACCAACCAAUUAACUUUAAAUUUACUUAUGAUCCAAAUGAUUUGAGAAAAUGGUUAAAGUCAUCUUCAGAGAAACGACCUUCACCAUACAUUAUUGGUGAUAUUGGUGAUGUACCUGAUUGGGAACCUUUCAUGAUUAGACUGUGGGAAAAGACAAGUAAAUAUUUGCUCUCUUAAAUUGUUAAACAUCAAUCCAUUGAGUGGCCAUUCCAAGGGAAAAUCUCAAGCUUGUUACAUUGAAAAUGCAUUAAACAGCAUUGAAAACUCCAGAAGAUAACAAAGUUACAAGAGAAUGUCACAAUGAAAAGAAAACCUCAGAUUCCUGUCAAUGAAUUACCAUGUGAAUAUGAAUAUUGAUCGACCAUUCAAAAAGGUCAAAAGUCUCUUAUUCUCAUACAUGUUUCCUUGACCAAACAACUUUCCGAUUAUAGUUGUGAACAUUCCUACAAUAGAUUCAGAAAGGGAUGGAAAGAAAAAUGGACACAAAUAAAAUUCCAACAAAUGAUAUUUUUUGCCUUUUCGUGAUAUGUUAACACUGAUGUAUCUCCACGGACCAGUUAACCUCUUACACCCUGAAUUUUGGGCUAAUUUUUGCUAUUUACGUUGAAGAGGGAAAAAAAGUUCAUUCAAAGUCAUUAAUUUACAGACUAGACGACAGCUUCUCAAUGAGAUUAAAUCACAUUAAGAAAUGGUCUCUAUUGUGAAUCAAAUAUUUGGUUGAUAUUUCUUGUGCUCCAUUUCAAGACUUGUUUCAACCAGUGACAUUGUUUUUAAACAAUUGUUUCUGAUUCAAAACCUUGAAACAAAAGGCAAAAGACAAAACAAAUUCACAAGCUUUUGUUUGCUCGUUUUCACCAACUAAAUAAUGGAAAAGUAAUGGUUUCAUUAUCUGAAUGUGAUUAAUUUUAGCCGGUGAAUUAAGCUGUCUUUACAUCUUCACUCUACUAUUCUGGUAAAACUUGAUACUCACGCCAUCAUUAUCUCAACAUGAAUGGAUUCUUAAAUCUUUAUGUCAAAAUAGAUUGUUGAAAACUGUUGCCUGUUAUUGUUAAUUUUAAAAGAGUUGUAAUAUAAAGCCAGUGUUGAUGCUUUUUUAUCCAUCUCAUCAUUGAUAUAAAUACUUAUGAAUUGCUGUAAAACAAAUCGAUAUUUAUUUUUGAUUUAACAUUUCCAGUUGAAAUGGACACAAAACUGUAACAAUAUUUAAACAUAUUUAUACAAAGAAACUAAAUUUAUUGUAAACUAUUGUAUUUUCAAAAGAAACUUGUUUUUUCUCACAUA